GGCUUCGCUUCGGCUUCGCUUCGGCUUCGGUUCGUCUUCGUCUUCUUCCUCCCCCUACCUCUCACAUCCUCCGCCCCCCUCCGCCCAUGGCUUUGGCUUUGGCGGCGGCACUCGCGGUCGCUGUCCCACCCGCGUUCUUCUCGCUCGACUCGUUGCCCCCUUUGAGCCCGUCGCCUUCGCCUUCGCCUUCGCCUUCUCCGGCGCGGCGCCGGAGGAGCGCGGUGGGACCCCGCCGCCGCUCGGCAGGGCGGCGCCGGCGCGCGGCGGAGCCGAGGGGCUCCCGCCCCGCAAGGCGCACCGCCGCUCCCACAGCGACGUCUCCUUCGGGUUCCUCCCCUCCACCUCCCCUUCCUCCUCGUCCCUCCCCCCACCCCCCCCCGCCCCUCCCCCACCGCACUGGCCACGGGCUCUUCGACGCCUCCCCAAGACGGCCCCCGCUGUCGCCGCCGCCGCCGCCGCCGCAGCAGCCCUUCGUGAAGCAGGAGUCGUCGGAUUGGGAGCGGGAGGCGAACAGCAAUGCCGACGGCGACGAUCUCUUCAACGCCUACAUGAACCUCGACAGCUUGGAAACCCUGAAUUCCUCAGGCAACACGGAGGACAAGAGGGAGGACUUGGAUAGCCGCGCCAGCGGCACCAGGACCAACAACGACAGCAGCGAUAACGAGGCCGAGAGCAGCGUCAGCGAGAAGCUGCCGACGGGGAAGAAGGAGGGGACCAAGAGGAGUGCCAGCGGAGACCCGGUUCCCGUGAACCCUCGCCAUGUGAGAAGCGUAUCCGUGGAUAGUUUCAUGGGCAAGCUCAAUUUUGAGGACGAAUCGCCGAAACCGUCUCCGUCCCCUGGCGGCCAGGCGGGGCUGCUCACACGAAGCGGAUCCUUGGAUGAGAACACCAAUGAGUUCAAUUUGGAGUUCGGGAAUGGGGAAUUUAGUCCCGCUGAGAUGAAGAAGAUUAUGGAGAAUGACAAGCUUGCGGAGAUGGCACUGACCGAUCCCAAACGAGUCAAGAGGAUUUUGGCAAACCGACAAUCUGCCGCUCGUUCUAAGGAAAGAAAGAUGCGCUACAUUUCUGAGCUGGAGCAUAAGGUUCAGAUUUUGCAGACAGAAGCGACAACAUUGUCGGCACAGUUGACAUUGUUGCAGAGAGACUCGGCUGGACUUACAAGUCAAAACAAUGAGUUGAAGUUCCGCCUUCAAGCCAUGGAGCAACAAGCACAGCUAAGAGAUGCUCUGAACGAAGCGCUUACCGCAGAGGUCCAGAGGCUGAAACUUGCUACUGGAGAGAUAAGUGAAGCUCACCUUUCAAAGGGCUUAAAUCAGCAAAUCUCACUGAAUUCUCAGAUAUAUCAGUUGCAACAACUACAGCUACAGCAGCAACAGCAUCAGCAGCAGCAGCAGCAGCAGAACAAUUCUAAUGCAAAGCCUGAUCAGAACAAGUAAUAUAUUUAUUACAUCAUAGGUUUACAAAAUUUGGAGACGAGUAAAAAUUCUUAAGUAGUUUGUUCGUUCGUUUAUCAUUUUGUCGAUUUAGGUGAGCCUCAUGUGUGUUGCAUAGUCAUGUCCUACUAUAAUUCGAAGAUUCUUUUUAAAACAUGGUUUCAUUGUAGAAUUAAAAGUACUUGUGUGUAAAUAACUUAACUAUUAUCCCUAUUUUCUUUUUCUGUUCAAAAUAUUUGGAAGAGAAAUGUUCCCUUUAUGCACGACAAUCUUUUGUAUAUGUCAUGUAACUUCAAUUUUCAUUCGUUCUGUUGCUAGUAAUUAACGGUGUUAUA